UCAACGAGAAGCAGCGGUAAAGUAAAAGCCCAGCAGGUCCGAUAUCAGGGCAGCUAUUGGUUUUAAAAGUGAGUUCCGCUCGGACGUGCUUUUCAUCCGCGGUCAACCAGUUGCGUUCAUUGGAAGGAAAUUGUCGGAAACAUGGCGGAAAGGUUUAAAACAGUUUUCCCAGAUUGCUUCUCAUCCGCGCUCAAGCAGGUCGCCCGGGAGCAAGGCUUUACCGAAGGAUUGUACCGAUUGGAAAGCGAGGCUGGAAGCAGCGUGGGUGACGGGUUUGCUGGCGAUCUAGUGAAGGUACACAUUCGUGAGACAGGUCGUGAGCUGGUGGUGCUGUGUAAGCUGCUGCCCGAGAACGAACUGCGAAAGCAGCAAGGUGUAUCGCUGUUUGAUCGCGAAUCGGAGGCGUAUAUUAAAAUUCUACCCCUGCUACUGAAGUUCCAACGCGACAAGGAGCUUCCGGAGGGACUGCCCAGAUUCAACAAUGUGCCACGCUGUUAUUUCGCGAAAACUGCAGUUGAUAAGAUGGAGUCGGUGAUUAUCAUGGAGGAUCUACGAUUGCAAGCGUUCCGUAUGUGGGAUAAGGCAAACCCCGUCAACUUCGAGCAUGCGCGACUGCUUAUGCUUACCCUGGGCCGUCUGCAUGCAAUCUCCUUUGCGAUGAAAGAUCAACAGCCGGAAGAGUUUGCACCGUGCCGCGAGUUUAGUGAUCCAAUGACUAAGAUGCUUGCACUCGAUCCGAAGGGCACAUUCAAGAAAACGAUGGCCGAGAUGUGUCGCAGAGCGAUCGAUACGCUCGAGCAGCAUGAUACUUUCCGGCGAGAAAAGCUGGCGCAGAUACAGGAUUGCUGCUUGGAGGAGAUUGAAGCUUGUGUCGAUGGGAAAGCGGCCGAGCCGUACGCUAUUAUAGGGCAUGGUGAUUGUUGGUCCAACAACAUGAUGUUCCAGUAUGAAGAGGAUGAUAAAACUCCCAAGACGAUCAAGCUGAUCGACUGGCAGUUAUCGAGGUACGGAUCACCGGUGCUCGACUUGGUCUACUUCAUCUUCAACUGUACGGACGAAGAGUUACGUUCCCAUAGCUACCAACGGCUGCUGAGCAUCUACUACAACAGUCUUGGAGAGCAUCUGCACAAUCUGGGCGGCAACAUCGAGCGUCAGUUCCCGCGCAGCGCAUUCCGCGAUCAGCUGAAACAAUUCGGCCGGUACGGACUUCUGAUAGCUAUGAUGAUACUGCCCAUCAUUUGCACGCCCAAUAAUGAGUUGCCCGAUGCGGACGCGGCGAUGGAAGAAUUGGUGAAAGAAGAUGCCAGUGGGAACAGUGAGGUCAACUUCGUUUACGGUACAACGGAAAAGGCAGCCAUACGAUACCGGGAGCGUAUGGCCGGCAGUAUUCGGGAUACGAUACGCUUUGGAUACAUAUGAACGAAAUUCAAGAGGCAGAUACGAUCGGGGAUGGUGAUGAUGGACAAGAAUUGUGGAACGGAUUGACAAUAACAGGAACAUUUGUAUAAAUAAAAUACAUUACAUUUAACUUUUUUCCCCAUG